AUGGUUCGCGAUCGGGAGAUGAAGAUUCGGAUGGCUCAGGAGGCGCAAGCCGUCAUCGAAUUCGAAGAGGACCCUCACCGGGCGGCGCUAGAGGACAACCCGAGUGAAGUGCGGGUCAGCAUCAAAACUUGGAUUGCGAUUUUCUCUAUGGCGCUCUCCUUCGGUCCCCCAGUCGGGCUUGCUUUCCUUGCUGUCGCCUCGGUUGUCGUGCAAAUUACCAAUGAGCUUGAUGGGCAAGAUCAACUAGCAUGGGUCAUUGGAUCAUGGUCGCUUUCGACAGCCUGCUCUUUCUCCCUUGCUGGGCCCCUCAGCGAUGUCUUUGGGAGAAGAAUGCUGGUUCUGGGCGGCCAGUUUGUUGUUGGCCUCGGCUGCAUUGCCGCCGCCACCACACAUGAUAUCUCGACUCUCAUUGCGGCUGAAACCCUCAUAGGCCUUGGAACUGGGUUUGUCUUCGUUUCCUACGCAGGAGUACCAGAAAUGCUGCCAAAUAAGUGGCGAACCCUAGGUCUGGGGAUUUUGGAAGCUGGCAUUGCUGUCCCCUGGGGCAUCUUAUCCGUACUGCUUGGAAACGCUCUUUUUAAGUACGCCUCAUGGAGAUGGAUAUUUGGUAUUGCUACCAUUAUCGAGUUCAUCUCUCUCACCGGCACUGGGUUCUCUUACUACCCAACCCCUCGACCCCGAGGCGACUUUGACAAGACUCGAACCCAGCAACUCAAAGAUAUCGACUGGGUUGGGCUGCUCCUUUUUACGUCGGGGCUAGCGACAGCUCUCAUUGGCCUUACAUGGGGCGGCACCUCGACCCACCCGUGGAACAGUGCUGGGACUAUUGCACCCAUAGUGGUUGGCUUUGCGGUCUUGGCCCUUGGCUUCUUCUAUGACUUCAAGGUUGCUGCGCACCCGAUAUUCCCAUUGAAGUUGUUUAUCAUGUUUCGACGCUUCUCUGUCCUGCUCAUUGUCAUGUUUGUCUCGGGUAUGAACUUCUACGCCAUGUCAGCUCUGCUACCACAAGGGUUCUUGUACAUGUUCACCACCGAUGGCAUCCGGAUCGGAGUGCUUUCUCUCCCUAACACGCUCAUGAUUGGUUUUACUGGCGUUCUUGCGCCUCUGAUUGCACACAAAGUCGGUUAUAUCAAAUGGCAGCUCGUCAUCGGGAUGGCCCUCCAGGCAAUCUUCAUUGCCGCCAGUGCGGCCACUGUCUACCCCAACAUGAAACUUGCAUACGCCUUUGUCCCUGCUAUCGGUGUGCCCAUGUUCGUCUGGGUUACUAUCUUGUCUUACUCAAUUGCCAGUCUUCAUGUACCCCAUUCGAACCUCGGCGUGGCUGUGGGUCUGAUAGGCACCUUCCGAUCAGCGGGCGGCGCCGUUGGCAACGCAAUUUUCAAUACGAUCUUCCAAGAGAAGUUCCGUAAGUUUGCAGCAGAUAUGGUUGCCAAUGCUGCCAUCAGUAAUGGCCUGAAUCCUGCGGACCUCGACCUUAUCAUCCCAGCAGCGAUCGAGUUCGAUACGGGAAACCCUCGAGCAUUACUCAAUGUCCCUGGUAUCACGCCGGAAAUACAAGAAGCACUUAAGACAGCUGUGAGAGCUGGAGCUGGUCACGCCUUCAAAAUUGUUUUCUACGGAACUAUUCCAUUUAGCAUUGUUGCGCUCUUGUGCACAUUUCUUGUGGAGGACCCAACAGCUUACAUGACGAAUCAUAUCCAAUCCGGCAUGGACGACCAAGCUAUAUCAAAGCGUGUUAGACGUUUUACUCAGCCUGAAGAAGGCCAUGUUAUUGAGUUUGAGACCAGGAAAUUUCAAGUGGGGCCUGCGGGAAAGAUCUGGCAGCAGCAAUAA